AUGGGUGGCAAGACGAUGGUCGAUCUGACAUUCGACCUCCUAUUGCCUUCAAUCAUCCUCUUGCAUCUAUUUUGUGCGCCAUACACCAAAGUCGAAGAGUCCUUCAAUAUCCAGGCAACUCACGACAUCCUUACGAAUGGAGUUCCGUUCUCAAAUUCAACAGCCAGGUUGAACUCAUCAUACGACCAUGUUUCGUUCCCAGGCUCAGUCCCAAGAACUUUUGUUGGCGCUCUCGUCCUUGCUGGAGUUUCCAAGCCUUUCGCGAUCUUGCUGUCAUCUCCAGCUCAGACUCAAGUUUUGAUCCGAGCGAUCUUAGGUUUAGCCAAUGCCGCUGCUUUGCUUCACGUCAAAUCUGCUGUGGAUAAUGCUUAUGGUCGAACAGCUGGAAGGUGGUUCGUGCUUCUCCAAGCAAGCCAAUUUCACGUAAUGUUCUAUGCAUCAAGAACAUUGCCAAACAUGUUUGCAUUCAUCUUGACCAACAUGGCUUUGCGCAACUUAAUCAUGGUCAAAUCUGGAACCUGGAAGACGGAACGUAGUGCAAAGAGGAGGAAAUUGGCUCUCUAUCUCCUGACUGUGGCGGGCAUCAUGUUCCGCUCAGAGAUCGCAAUCCUCCUCGCAGCCGAAACGGCCUAUUUCCUACUCCAGGGUCACAUCUCCUUGACAAAAGAGGUUAUUCCAGCAGGCUUGGCCGGUGCCGCCAUUGGUCUACUAGCAACAGUCUCGGUCGACUCAUUCUUCUGGCAGCAAUUCCCGCUCUGGCCUGAGUGGGUGGGGUUCUAUUACAAUACCAUCCUGGGAAAGUCUUCAGAAUGGGGAACGAGUCCAUUCCAUUUCUAUUUCCUGAAUGCCCUCCCACGGCUACUGCUCAAUCCUCUCAGCUAUCUUGUUUGCAUCCCUUAUGCAAUGUACAUCCAAGCGAGUCGAGACAUUUUGAUUCCGCAGAUCGUGUUCAUCGCUGUAUACAGUCUGUUGCCACACAAGGAGUGGCGCUUCAUUAUUUACACUGUCCCUGCUUUCACGGCUGUGGCAGCCGGUGGAGCUGGCUGGAUCUGGACGCGCCGAGCAAAAACGCAGCUGUAUAGACUGWACAGUAUCGCUCUGGUGAUAUCGACAGUUGCCUGUUUUGCUGUGAGCAGUGGGCUGCUUUACCUUUCAAGCCUCAAUUAUCCGGGUGGCGAAGCUUUGCAGCGUCUGCACUUCCUCGCCGGGACUGACGCGGAUACACCAGCGCGGAUCUACAUGGACAAUCUGGCUUGUCAAACAGGCGUUUCUCGUUUUCAGCAAAUACAUCCCCUCUGGACAUACGACAAGACGGAAGAUGAAGACCUUCUUCUUGAUCCCGUAUUCUGGCAGCAAUUCGACUACGUGCUGGCCGAGAAACCGGAGCGCAUCAUCGGCAGCUGGGAACGUAUAGGUACCGUCACAAGUUUUGCAGGUGUUACUGUGCGACCCGGUGUCGAAGAUGACAUUCUGCCACUACCUGACAUUUUGGGAGGGAMAGGCCAGAAGCUGCAUGAUCUCUACCAAAACAUUGCUCUAUACGCUCGGGAGAAGUUCACCAAAGGUUAUUGGCCCUCGGUCAGAAUGGAACCUCGAUUGUACAUUCUGAAGAAGCUACCACCUCCUAUCGAGCGAAUGGAUCAGACAUAA